UGUAAACAGUAGCGUGGUGCGAGCAAAAAUUCGGGACCUUUAUCGAUCGUUGGUCGCCUCCGAGGAGCCACGGAAGCAGGACCCGUAGAUCCAGCGUAGUUACCACCAACAUAUCAGCCUUAAGGUUGUUCCGCACAGCGAACACACAACAAGUGCUUCCCGGCCAGCGCGAGGAUCGUGACCCGCACAAAAGGAAGGAAAAUAGCGAGAAAACCGCACGCUAAAAACUCAUCUGCGAAUCUCAUAAACUUGCAAUUAAGAGCCCGGCUGCGUGGAAACUCUAGGGACCGGGAAGAUGGCACAACUGGUGGCUGCUGCGCUUACGUUGUGCGCACUGUUCUUGACCCAGCCGAGCGCCGCGACGACCACAGCCGCGGUCCGCGUGAACAAGUGCUGCGAGAAGUUCGAGGUCGUGUACGAUGGCAAGUGUACGGUCGCCACGACAGUCAAUGCUACCGUCUGGACGCCGGAGUUUGUCGGCCGCAAAGGCGAACGGAACGUGCGGGUGGAUUAUCGUUUCGUAAUCGGCCUUCCAGACUGUGGCACGAAACAAAAGUUCAAUGUCUACGACUAUCCCGAUGGUUACGAUAAGCUGAUACUCUUCUCCGACGGCCAGCUACGCCACCUUAUCCUGCGGCAUCACAGCUCGCACUGGGGCAAUAUCGAUAACUAUCUCGACGAAGACUACAGCGAUGCUGGCGAUGAGAGCGUUCCCCUGCUCAAGUACGACUAUAUUCCGGGUCUGUACUGCAUGGACCGAGCAUACGGCAGCAGCAGCGUCGAAGGAGCCGAACUGAUGGAGGGUUUCAUGGCGAAGGUGUGCUCACCGAAGCAGGACAUUCACUGGACGGACAGUGAUGUGAUGCUACGAAAGAUCAUCAAUCCGAUCUGCCACGGAAUGGCAAUGAUUAUUCUACUGGUCGUAGCCAUUAUUUAUUUUGUGCUUCCGACACUACGUGACCUUGUUGGCAACAUGGUGACGACGAUCACGAUGUGUCUGAUCGUCAGCCAGGCGGCCGAUCUCGUGCGUAUCUUCACCGAGUUCAGCAACCACGUGAGCUUCCUGAUAGCCGACCUUUUCUUCUACGUAAGUCUGCUGGGAGCCUUCUUCUGGCUGAACGCGAUGGGGUAUUACAUCUGGAAGAUGUUCCGCACGCGCAACGUGUUUUUGCGCGUCAGUGAUGGCCGCAAGUACUGUUGGUACUCGGGUUACGCGUGGGGCUGCACGGCAACAAUGGCAGCCAUCGCGCUGUUCGCCCACUUCUUCCUCGAUCUUCCCGGACGCAGCAGCACCAAAGUAGAGGACGGUGUCCACUCGGACGGUGUGGACGGUGUUUUCGAAAGCCAGGACAGUAUCAGUUGGCUGGGAAUCGCGGUGUUCUUCAUGCCGAUUGCGUUCAUUAUCAUCGUUAAUAUCGUCUUCUUCGUGACCACGCUGCGGUUUAUCAAUCGAAUGCACACGUACGGCCGGAUCCACCACAAGCUGCGCUGUAGCUUCGUUAUGUUCACGCUCAUCUUCGCCACGAUGAGCGUGUCGUGGCUUUUCCUCAUCCUCUCCUGGCUGCAUGUCGACAGUCUACUCUAUAUGCACAUCAUUGCAAAUGCACUGCAAGCUCCAUGCAUUCUGUACAUUUGCGUGCUGCGCCAAAAGCAUGUCACGUUUCUGGUGAAAUCAUGCUUCCGUGACCAAGUGCCCCAAACCACCGAGUGGGGCGAUGAAAUGACCUACAUGAAUGGUGGCGAUUAUUAGCGGUCACAGUGCAGUUUCGCCGAAAACAGCGGCCACGAGUACAUUUCAAUUGCAAGUGACAUCAACGAUCUUGGCGGGACAGAAUCAUCUAUCAAGUCCAUGUCGCCCGUAUCCGCAUCGGGAUGGAGAGAAUCUCAGUGAGAAAGUUAACGAAAUGCGUCCAUUAAGUGUCUUAUCAAUGUCAUACUAUUCGAAAUUCACAAGACUCAAUUCCAUUUAGGAUUACUAUGAUAAGCAUAAGGCGAAAAUAACAAAUGCCCCUCAAAAAACGUGAGAC